AUGUCCACUACACUACUUUGGUUUUCGAGUGUAAUAGGCUACGUGAUUCAAACAAAAUGUUUGUCUAAUAUACAAUCCAGGAAAGAAAUCCCUGUGGGACCCAAUGGCACAAUCGCAACACCCGAAACUAACGGCGACAAUGGAAACUCAAGCUCAUUAACCUUCUAUCUGACCUUUAUGUAUUUUGCAUCGUGGCUGCUCUUGGUACCUGCAUCUCGACUUUGGAAGAAAAUGAGACCGAUGUUUGUCUCUGACCCUGACUCGAACAGAAAUUCCCAGUUCGACAGCAACAAUAGCGGGUCUGUGACAAACGAAGAUGUUGACACAUUCUCGCACGUGUUGGACGAUCCUCAACCACGGAUCCCAGCCCAACAGCAGAAGCAAAAAAUCAUAUCUGUGGCUACUUUCAAAUAUGUGGCUAAGCUAACAGUACUGGCUCUCAUAAUGAUUGUCGCUGAUUUGACCUACAACAUGGCUUUGUCAUUAUCACCAGCAUUUGAUGUUGCUUUGAUGCAGAACACUGCCAUUUUCGAAAUUGUUACCUUACUAUAUGGUGUUUGUGGGAUCUCCAGAAAGAACUACGUUUUCCGUAAUUUCCUCAUCAUGAUGAACGCAGUCAUUGGCAUUUUGAUUAUCUCAUACACGAAGGCUACCUGUGAUAUGCUUGCUGGGAAGCUGUCCGUCAACCCUAACACGGGAGAACUUUCAGACCCUUUCUUGUUUGACAGGUUGAAGGGUGCUCUGAUUUGCGGUCUCGGUGCCUUGAUCAUGGGACCGUUUGCCGUGUUAUGGAACCGUUGGUUUUGCAGUAACAUUUCCAAAAACGAAAACUCUGCUGUGGUCUUGGUUAAGCAAAGUACCCAUAUGGCCCUAAUCGGUAUUAUUGGUAUGAUAAUACUUUUGCCAUUCAUUCCAAAAUUCCCCUCCCGUGGAUCCAUGGAAUCCAUCUCCUUGUUCUAUAAUGACAAGAGCUUUUGGUUUUCUCUACUAGGUUCGAUUAUCUUUGGAUCCUUACCGAGCUUGAUUUCGAUACUAGAGCUGAAUCGCAAGGCUCCUGCUGAAUAUUUGACAACAUGCAACCUGGGGGCUAUUAUUUUUAUGGGGUUGGCUGAAUGGGUUUGCGAACCUACGCAAACCACCAUCGUUAGAUGGGAAGUCAUAGGAUACAUAAUGUUAACUGUAAGUUUGUUGGUCCUAUCGGUAACGCUCGGGGAAGGUAAAUACCACCAUUAG